AUGCCGGACCUGUUAGAAAGCAAAAAUGUUUUAAUUGGAAAAUCAACUGAUGAUGUCUUCCGUACGUCUUUUGGGGUCGGGCAUCACUGGAGGCCUGGAUUUUAUUUUCCAGACUCAAAUACUCUAACCAAGCUUUCGACGGAACAAACGUGCUCCCAGCGACCUGGCGGAGCCGUCAAGCCAUCAGAUCAUUAUACCACGACAACAGGUUCAUUUCACGACCCAAAAGUACUUUCUGAAGAGCUACAAAACACUCGUGCGUUGCCACCUCCGCAUCACUGGAAUGUUCACUAUAUCAGCGACUUUCGCUCACGAUAUUUAGCGGGCCGGCACUAUAGACCACUGAGCCCGAGUCACCAAAAGAGCGAGACACAUGAUGAGUUCCGACAACACGACAGCCCAAGCGAGGUUUGGCGGCCAAUUGGAAUGCAGCCUUUUGUCCUGGAUAAUCACCAUAAAGAGGGCCCAUCUAAGAAAAUAGUUGCCUCAACUGUGAACCGAUCGUUGAGAGGACGCACGCUUCUCCCAAAAGAUAAAGAAGUCUUGCGGCACUUAGAUCCAUACUUAACUACUACAAUGAAAGAGCAUCGUGUGUGGACGCCCGAAGAACUGGAAGCAUGUGCGAAGAAAGAUAUCGCCACAUAUUGGGAUCUGGAAUCUUAUCCGAAAGCCCGGGGGUUUGGUCUUAAAUCA